CGUCGACAUGGAGAAGAUAAACAUACUAGUAGCACAGCCGCAGUUGACGUUGUGUACAUCUGAAAUGGGCGUAUAAAUGUUUGUGGGACGCAGCGUUGCAUGUCACACCUGUUAACGUGUUUUUAUGUUAUUUAAUUGAAGAUACAUUGUAAGGGGAAAAGCUAAUGGUUGUGUCAACAUGGACAGUGACCUAAGUCCCCAGGAUAAAAAGGACUUGGACAAGUUCAUUAAGUUCUUUGCGUUGAAGACCGUCCAGGUGAUAGUCCAAGCCCGUCUUGGAGAGAAAAUCUGCACUCGCUCUUCCUCAUCACCUACAGGCUCUGACUGGUUUAAUUUGGCCAUCAAAGACAUCCCAGAGGUGACUCAUGAAGCCAAGAAGGCACUGGCCGGCCAACUUCCUGGCAUUGGACGCUCCAUGUGUGUUGAGAUCUCCCUGAAGACAUCAGAGGGUGACUCAAUGGAGUUAGAGACUUGGUGCCUGGAGAUGAAUGAAAAGUGCGAUAAGGACAUCAAGGUGUCAUAUACUGUAUACAACCGUCUUUCUGUCCUUCUGAAGUCUCUGCUGGCCAUCACCAGAGUAACACCCGCCUAUAAAUUGUCCAGAAAGCAGGGACACGACUAUGUCAUAUUAUACAGGAUCUACUUUGGGGAAGUCCAGCUGAGUGGAUUAGGGGAAGGUUUUCAGACGGUGCGCGUUGGUGUCGUUGGCACCCCGGUUGGCACAGUCACACUUUCAUGUGCCUACCGCACCAACCUGGCAUUCAUGUCUAACAGGCAGUUUGAGCGGUCAGUUCCUAUCAUGGGGAUCAUUGUGGAUCACUUUGUGGAUCCUCCCUGCAGCAGCCAGCGUGCUGCAAAUAUGGGACAGCCCUGCAACUACAGAGCUCCUGAUGAGGAGGACGGACCAUUUGCAGGAGUUCAGGAUUCACAGGAGGUCUGCACCACCUCCUUCUCCACUUCCCCUCCCUCCCAGUGUGUGUGUACACUGAGUCCGUCUCCUUCUAAACUGUCUAAGCCCCUCCCCCUGGACAGUCUGCAGCUUCCAUUGGCUCCUGGACUUGUCACUCACACUCUGUAUACUUCCAGGUUAUCCUACCAGCCUCCAGCUCUGGCAGGAGCUGCUGAACUCUGUCACCCUGCUGCCAACCCAAACCAGGUGUUGCAUGCUGGGAAGGAGGGCGGGGUUGUGUUGGUCCCUGCCCAUCCUCCUCAUGGAGCAGAUGCGCACCUGACAGUGGAGCACGCCCCCAACACACCUGGCAGCAGCGGUGAUGAUGAUGGUCUGUCGCAGAGCGUAGAGGGAAGGAGGGAUGAGGGGAGGAGGAGUGUCUCUCCCUCUGACCCGGUGGAGUCUCUCAAUGCGUUCACGAGGAAAGUCGGAGCCUUUGUCAAUAAACCCAGCACACAGAUAACAGCAGCCAGUCUGGACCUGCCAUUUGCUGCAUUUGCUCCUCGAGGCCUGGACUCGGAGGAGAAUGAUCCCAUGGUGCGGCCUCCACUCUCCCCGACCUGCCCUUCCCCCCUACAGGCCAGCCUUCAUUCUCAGGGCUCAGAGGGAUCAGGGCAGCAGGAUGAUUUCGUCAUGGUCGACUUUCGACCUGCCUUCUCUAAAGACGACCUGUUGCCGAUGGAUUUGGGCACCUUCUACAGAGAGUUUCAGAACCCUCCUCAACUGGCCAGCCUCUCACUACACAUCAGCUCCCAGUCGAUGGCCGAUGACCUGGACUCGCUGCCAGAGAAACUGGCCGUCUACGAGAAGAACAUCGACGAGUUUGACGCUUUUGUGGACAUGCUCCAGUAGGAGGGAGAGGAGUGAAGGGAAGGGGGAAGACCAAAACGAGAUGACUACGUGUGACAAAAGACUAAAUGGAUGGUGGGAAAAAAAAAAAAUGAAAA